ACCCAACAAUAAUUUUUUCUCUUUCUUAUAUAUUCUCCCAACCUCACGCUCUCUCUCAAUUCCUCUAGGGUUUCUUUCUCUUUCUCUCUAACACAAGCACACAAUGGCAGAUGAACCACAGUACUCUUCAGGUCCCGACGCCGGCAGCAACAAGCGCAAAUACGAUGACCAGACACCGCCUUCUUCCGGUGGCAGGAGGGCGACAGGGUUUUCCUCCAUCCCAGAUUCGGUUCAUCCUUCCUACAACAGCGUUCCACCACCGCUUGACGGCAUCGAGAUGGCCAAGCAGCGAGCUCAGGAGAUUGCUGCUCGCCUUACUCUCUCUGCUGCCUCCGCUGGCGCUGAGACCAAGCGCCCUCGCGUCGAAAACGGCUCUGGCGGUGGUUUUGAUAACGACAAGGGAUUCAGCUCUGCUCCUUCUGUUUUAGUGAAUACAGAUAUAAAGCCUAUGUCAAACUCUGCUCCUUCAGCUAUACCGGUUUCUUAUGGUAGCUACCAUGGUACGAGCAAAAAGAUUGACGUUCCACAAAUCAGGGUUGGUGUUAUAAUUGGGAAAGCUGGAGAAACCAUUAAAUAUCUUCAACUACAAUCUGGGGCAAAGAUUCAAGUCCAACGAGAUAUGGAUGCAGAUCCUAAUUCCGUGACUAGGCCUGUAGAGCUCACAGGCACUGCUGAACAAAUAGCUAAGGCAGAGCAGUUGAUAAAUGAUGUUCUUGCUGAGGCUGAAGCAGGAGGUUCUGGCAUAGUUUCUCGAAGAUUGACAGGACAUGCUGGAAGUGAACAUUUUGAAAUGAAAAUUCCAAAUAACAAGGUUGGUCUGGUGAUUGGUAAAGGUGGUGAAACAAUUAAAAAUAUGCAAGCUAGAACUGGAGCACGUAUUCAGGUGAUACCAUUGCACUUGCCCCCAGGUGAUACAUCGACAGAAAGGACAUUACACAUAGAUGGGUCAAGUGAACAGAUUAAAAAUGCAAGAGAAUUGGUUGAUGAGGUCAUAAGUGAGAAUCGUAUGAGAAAUCCAGCAAUGGCUGGAGGCUAUCCACAGCAAGGUUAUCAAGCACGACCACCUACAAGCUGGGGCCAAGGGCCUCCUCCAAUGCAGCAACCUGGUUAUGGUUAUAUGCAGCCUGGGGCAUAUCCUGGCCCAUCACCACAGUAUAACAUGUCUCAGCCACCAUAUGGGGGCUAUCCUUCCCAACCAUCAUCUGGUGGAUAUGCUUCUGGUUGGGACCAGUCAGCUGUACCACCAAACCAGCAAAGCUCUGCUGCAAGUGGUUAUGAUUACUAUAACCAACAGUCUUCACAGCCGCAGCAAACACCUGGUGGUUCAACAGCUCCAGCUGAUAACAGUGGUUAUAAUUACAGUCAACCUCCAGCUUCUAGCUAUAUGCAACCAGGACAAGGUUAUGCUCAGGAUGGCUAUGGUGGAUACCAUGCACCUCCACAAUCAGGUUAUGGGCAGCAAUCAUCAUAUGAUCAGCAACAAGGUUACGGUUCUGCACCGAGCUAUGGUAAUGCAAUGAACCCAACUCAAGAGGGUCACACACCCUCCUAUGCUGGUCAAGGGGAUUCAGGUCAAGCACCUACAUCUACCCAACCACCUGCGAUGGGCCAGCAAGGGUACAAUACAAGCCAGCAGCCUAGCCCAAAUCCUGUAAGUUAUCCACCUCAAGGAGGUACUCAACCUAGCUAUGGAAUUCCUCCAACUUCCCAGACUGGCUAUGGGCCUGGAUAUGGACCACCACCGGUGCAGAAACCUUUGGCCAAUCCCCCUGUCUAUGGGCAGACACAGCAGUCGCCCACCACUCCAGGUAGCUAUGGCCAGCCAGGAUAUCAUUCACAGCCACCAUCAUCUGGUUAUGGUCAACCAGAAACAGGUUCACAACGUGCUCAAUCAUCUAGUUAUGGUGCCACAUCUGCUCAGCCAGGAUAUGGUCCCCCACCCUAUGGAGCACCUUAUAACACUUCUUAUGGUGGUAGUUACUCACAGGCUCCAGCAUAUCCUGCUGACAGCAAUGCAAGUGGGAGCGCACGUGGGACUUAUGAGGCAACACCAGCUUCUCAAACUGCUCAACAAGGUGGAGUUGCCAAGGCAUCGCCCCAAAGUUGAUUUGGGGUGAGUUUGUUGAAGACAAUUUAUAUUUUGGUAAUUGAUGCAGAUGGCUUAUUGUAUUCCAGUUAUAGGUGAAGUUAGUUUUUGCAGUGUUUUUAAGACACUGCUAGUAGUGUUUCACUUCGAAUAUUUUGAUGCUGCAAAUGGUUUUGGAUAGUUUAUUUGUCUCCCUUUAUGCUUUUGGUGUAAACCGAGUACUAUGCCUGCUUGUUUCUAAGUAGUGAUUUUAUUCUGAUAUU